AUGGACAAGGCAGCAAAGAGAAAAUAUUGCAGUCUUUUAAUGUUUGACGUUCCAACACCUUCAUUCAUAAAGUCCAGUGAUAGGACAGUUCCACCAACACAAUUGACCAUUGAUUAUACAACUUCUUUGGAAAACAGCAAUAUCCGCACGCAGGAUAAUUUUAUCUUUACUUCAUUCUUAGAAUGCAUGAAAGUUAAUCCCCAGCGUCCUCAUAAGAACGCUCCAAUUAGUUCGUUUGAGCAGGAUUCAUCAAACAAUAAUGAAGCUAUAAAGUCGCCCUUGCAUAAAGAGGAAAGAAUCCGUCGUCCACCGAAUUCUUUCCUUCUUUACAGACAAGCCAAACAAUCUGAAAUAACAAGUAUUUAUGGUAAUAUGUCAAAUGCAGAGAUAUCAAAAAAGCUUUCAGACCUAUGGCAAAAUGAAUCAGAUGAGGUAAAGCUUUAUUGGCAAAAGGUAGCCGAUAAGAAAAAAAUGGAACAUAUGAUGACGUACCCGGAGUACGUUUAUCGUCCAAAAUCUGGAACGAAACCUAACAAAAAGAAACGUAAAUUGAAGACAGAGUCAAAUCAAUUUCAAAAUACAUUACCCAGAACGCAAACAUCUUAUGUCAAUAUGUUUACAUUCCCUUCUCAGCCUUUUAUUACUCCUACAUUUCCCUAUUUAUCUGAUCAAUUCGAAAUUCCUAAUCCACCUGUUUUACCGUCGAUAUUCCCUAAAGAAUAUCGGUGA